AUGUCCGAACCAAAACCCAAAGCACCGGAUUCUCCACCCCCCGAUUCUCCACCCCCCGAUUCUCCACCCCCCGACACCCCCGAAAACGAGCGGACACGUGCACUAGUGGUGCUGUCGUUCUGGACCGUCGUGCUCCUGCUCGGAUUACCGCUAUGGUGGUUCACAACUUCCAUAUACCGCGCGCCGCUGCCGCUGGAGGAGAUGCAGAGCUGGGCCAAUGGACGGGCUUGCAGAGCAGAGUUCCCGUUACUUGUCGAUGUCGAGGCGCCGACACUACCGGACCCGGAGAACCUUUUGAAAACGGUGCAGCACGCUCUGGACGAUGCGAAUGACUUCUCGGCUCACCAUCUACGGCUGCGCCUGGCCUACGGGAAAGACGACGAGCGAAUCUCAACGACAAUCCAAUCCGACUUGCAGCCUGAGAGGAAGGGGGAGACUGGGGGACCGGAGGACGAGGAGGAGAGUGUAGCUGCGAUUCUCCGGUUGGCACCUGGGACGAGCGGUUCUACUCAUUCCUACCAGUUGCAUAACUCCUCGAGAGUCAUCGAUCUCUACUACUCGCCGUCGUACAAUCCCUCGUCAUCCGCGUCGUCCACGAGUCUUGCGUUGUUCAUCUCCAAUACGCUACAAGAGAUCUUCAGGGAGGAGCAACAGAUGAUCUCUCACCUACUAUCCUCCGCCGCCGCGCCAUCGCCUUCCCCGCCACCUGCGUCUUCGGGCUCCAACAACAGCAGCAACGGGUCUAAUAAGAUCAACAAGGCGGAGAUACAGCGCAAGAUGAGUCGGAUCAUGCGGUACUCGCCGACGUACCACCUCACUUUCUCCAUGUUCACCGCUUCCGGGAGUCCGACGAGCUGGGAGGUCGAGCAAUCCAUCGAAGACUACCUUCAGCCGUUGCUUGAUGCCUUGAGUGGUAUCAGUAACUUUACGGUCGACUCGCAGAUUCAGUUCUAUGCAUCAUUGUCUCCGAACGUGGUUCCGGUAUGGGUGCCCACCAAUCCUGAGGUGGUGGUGCCAGAAGACCAGCAACAGCAGCCGCAGCCGGGAAAGUGGGUUCUCAAGAAGGAGGAUCUAAGUAGCUUCAUCAACAGCGCGGAAUGGCCACUGGUCAGCAUAACAAGCUACCCAACCAUCAACUUCAUCGUGUACAUCCCUUCCAAAGAGCAAACACCGCUCGCGAUCCCCGAGAGUGCUACUAAUGCCUUCCUCUUACCUCAAUGGGGUGGUGUCAUGGUCCUCAACCCGACGGAGGAGAGUCACACUGGUCACAUCAGCAAGAAAGACCUAAAGCCAGCCAUGGACAUUUUCGCCGCACAGCUCCUUUCGCUUCUGGGUGCCCCAUCGCGGCCACUUUCCCUGCCGAUCCGCAUUGACUCGUUGACGCGCCAGCGCUCGGCGGAACUCUUGACCUCGGCCUCGUCUUCUCUCGGAUCGCUGUACAGUCUCACUAAGGCACUUCCGUCUAUCUCGAUUCCCACCUCGGUCUUGACUUCGGUCGGGUCCACUCUGUCGUCGCUCACCAAUGCAUGCCGCGAGCUCAAGAAGGGUAGGUUCGGAGGACCUGGAGGUGCCCUCGAAGAGGGCAGGAAUGCGGCAUACCAGGCCGAGAAGGCGUUCUUUGAGAAGAGUAUGGUCGGCCAGGUUUACUUCCCCGAGGAACACAAGGUGGCGGUAUACCUGCCGCUCCUUGGACCCGUUGGAGUGCCAUUAAUAAUGAACGCGCUGAAGUGGAUUUUCGGAAUGGUUAAGGAGUGGAAAGCAAAUAGGAGGGGUGCUGCUGUAUAA